AUGGAUUCUGUGCCGGGUUCUGUAGGAACGUGUGCAAGCUUUGCUCUGAGACUUGGUCAGAUCAUCCUCUCUUCAGCUUCUCUUUUCUUCAUGUCAUUAGGAGUUGGGUUCUACAGCUAUACAGCCUUUUGCUUCUUGGUAACAGUCAUGGGCUUGAUCAUACCUUGGAGUUUCACUUUGGCGCUCCUCGACGCAUACACCAUCCUGGUUAAAUGCUCAAUUCAUCAGUCAGGAAUAUUGCUCGUCAUUGUUGUAGGAGACUUGGUUUUGUCCAUUCUCACAUUAGCUGCAGCCAGCUCGAGCGCAAGCAUUGUUGAUCUUCUGCUCAGAGCUGAUGAAACGUUUUGUCCUCAAAGGUUAUGCAGUAGAUAUCAGAUAUCUGCCACAAUGGCAUUCUUGUCAUGGCUUCUCUCAGUGGCUUCAUCUCUUUUCAAUCUUUGGCUACUUCCUGCUCUCUGA